GGCAUCCCCGCCUACACCCGCACCCUCUUCAUCACCGGCACCCGCCUCGCCCGCCUGGCCAGCCGCGACUUCCGGGGGCUGCCCGCGCUCGUCUCCCUCUCGCUCGCCAACAACAGGAUUGCGGCGGUGGAGACCGGGGCCUUCUCCGUGCUCCCCAGCCUGCGCUCCCUGGACCUCAGCAACAACCGCCUGGCUGCUGUCCACCCGGACGCCUUCGGCGUGGGCAACAGCUCCUUGUGGGCGCUGAACCUGAGCCGCGCGCUCCACAACGCCUCCGCCCUCCCGCCCCUGGCAGCCGCCAUCGCCCGGGGCGGCUUCCACAACCUCUCCAGGCUGGAGCUGGCCAGCAACGGCAUCGUCUACCUGCCCCCAGGCCUGUUCUCUGGCCUCGCCGGCCUGCGGCACCUGGACCUGAGGAACAACUCGCUGGUGGACGUCAAGAACGCCACCUUCGCCGGCCUGGACCUGGAGCACCUGGACCUGACUGCCAAUGCCCUCAAGACCCUUCGGGCCGAGGCGCUGGCGGAGCUGGGCCGGCAGCCGCGUCUCCAGCUCUUCCUGCAGGACAACCCGUUCGUGUGCAGCUGCGACAUCGAGGAGCUGGUGGGGUGGCUGAACCGCAGCCACCAGGCCGCCGAUGCCCACCGGCUGACCUGUGCCUUCCCCCAGGCUCUCCAGAACACCUCGCUGCUGGCGCUGGCCGGGGCCGAGCUGGGCUGCCACUCCAGCCCGCACGGCGAGCGUGCCCUGCAGACCUCCUACGCCCUGCUGGGCGCGGUGCUGGGCCUCCUCGGCGUGGCCUUCCUCUUCGUGCUCUACCUCAACCGCCGCGGCCUCAAGGGCUGGGUGAACAGCACGCGGGGCGCCUGCCGCAGCCUGCUCGAGGAGCGCCGCUAUCGCUACGAGAUGGGCGCCGAGUCCCGUGCCGCCCGGGUCUCCACUCUGGACAUGUGAGCCUGGGCGUCUCGGCACGACCGCUUUGGGCCCCUCGCCGGCCUGGCCGAGCCCUGCCCGUCUCUGGCAGUGGUUCGCAGACUCCUCGGUCCCUUUGGCAUGUGCUGGCACUUCUGCUUCCCUUGCCUACGGGACCUGCCUCGCAGCCCAGCACCAGCCUUGGGGGACCCUGGCUGGGCCAGCGCAGUAGCUCCCUUCUGACGGAGCUGUACCCAGGGUACGGGAGGCAAGGACGAUCCUACUGGAGCAGACUGCCCGGCUCUGCCCAACUCAGAGGAAGGCCCGGGGCAGUUUUGUUUACAGCCGAGAUGUGCAAUAAGAGGCCUGGAGCAUGAGGGACGGGUCCAGCCCCCAGUUGGGAACAGCUGACUCCCAGUGGCUGCAGCCCCUGGCUGGAGAGACGCUACUUCAGUGGGAAGGGGCGGAGGCAUUUUAGGGUGUUUUACUGUUGCUAUAAAGGGGGGGGGUUGAUUUCUUCUCAGCACAAUAACCUGCCCCCAGGCUCGGUCUCUGGCUGACGAACUGGGCUAAGUGAGGGGUGGGCGGCAGGGGGCACCGAGGCCCCUGAGCGCUGCCCCACGGGCUCCAGGUGCUGGGCCCCAAAGCGGCUGCUUGGGUGCAGCCAGCGGGGAGGGUGACAACGACGCGCUCCUGUCUCUUGUCGCCCAACGCGGACAAUAAAGGGUUCCUCGAA